CACUGUGUUUGGGGCCUACGAUUCAGGAAGAAGGAGGGAUUGGGAGAGUGGUAAGCCAUUGGGCCUCCACCUCCCUGGACAGCCCCCUUGUGAUACUCUUAAUUGUUAGGUACUGACUCACCCCACUUCAAAGGCCUUGGCCUCCGUUCAGGUAUUUAACCUGCUGCACAGAGCCUGUCACUCUGGAAUUCUGCUCAUGGAGAGCUGAGCCCGACCUGCAGAUCUGCUCCUCACCUGGACAGGUACCUCUUCCUUCGAACCAGUUCACACCAGCUGAAGAGCAGUCCCCAGGGGCCACCAGGGCCCUGCUGCCCACUGCUGCUCAGGGAUGCCAGCCCCCUGUGUCUUUGCCCCAGACAUGACUGAGCAGGUGCCCCUGUGGCAUCACUACCUGCUGGCCAUCCAGUCCCGGGAGUCGCCCCGUGUCCAGGACUACCAGAGAGCAGAGAACAUCCUGCUCACUGUGCUGGAGCGUGUCCAAGCCUUGGACCCCCGCUUCCUUGUUGACUAUUCUCGAGACCUGGAGGCCUUCCAGUUUGCCCUGCGCUCCUCCGAGGACCCGCUGGAUGUGGAGGUGCCCCUGGGGGUGGACGCCGAGGCUCUCCUGAUUGAAGAUUCAGAAGCCGCUGAGCCAGGAGACGGCCCUGCAAUCUGUCGCCUGGGUGUCCUCAAGAAAGCGUCUGGCCUGGAGCCGUGGAUGACUGAUGACGUCUUCAGUGUCUCCUCAGAGGGCAGAGACAAGUGCUGUGGCCACAUUGUACCCAGUAAAGUCCUGUGUGUCCUCAAGGAUCUUCUGGUGGCUGCGAUUGUACACUGCAAACAUCACAGCCUCAUUCCACCAGGUUCACUGAAUGCUGCUAGCCUGAAGGAAGGGCAGCUGCACCUGUCCCUGCUGGUGUCCAGCGGCUGGAGGAAGAUCCGCUUCAACGUUGUGCCUGUGGUGAGGAAGAAGCACAGUGUGCCCGCCUUGGAGGGGGCCCAGUUGAAGCCUGGAUUCCCUGAGGGCAUCUUGAGAAGAAUCGCCAGCCACGGGGUGGACCUGGUGCCAGCUAAUGCCCAGCACUGGAGGAUCUCCACUGGCUACCUGCUCAGCCGCCUGCUUGGUGCAUUGGGCUCCUUCCCUGGCCACCGCCUGGACAGCCUCUCCAUCCUCGACCGGGUGAACCUAGAGAGCUGGCGAGGUGGCAGCCAGAGCCCUGGCCUAACUUUUGACCACCUGAAGACGGUGCUGCUAUGGGCCUCGGUGCUCUUCCCAGCACCCGAGGACUGGGAGGACCUGGAGGGCGCGGUCUACCGCUUGCUGGUAGUGCUGCUCUGCUGCCUGGCUACCAGGAACCUGCCCCACGUCCUGUACCCGGAGCGCAACUUGCUGCAGGACAGUGGCCUGGACCUCGGCGUCAUCUACCAACGCGUGGAACACUUCGCCAGCCAGCCCGAAGAGUCCCUGCGGAUCCACGUCACCCACCUGGGCCACAGCCGUCCACCACGCAUUGACAACGGAGUCAAGGCACUCCUGCAGCUGCCUGCCAGCGACCCUACCUACUGGACCACAGCCUACUUUGAUUUUCUGCUAGAUAAGUUCCAGGUCUUUAACAUCCAGGAUAAGGACAGAAUCUCAGCCAUGCAGAACAUCUUCCAGAAGACCAAGACCAUGGGAAAUGACAGCAGCUGAGCUGGGGUGGAAGGCCCAGUCUCGACCAAUCUGCAGAGCUCCCUGGAACUUCUGGGAAAGGAAUGGGGAUCAGGGAUAUCUCUUUGAGUGACUGGUGGAGGGACUUCGUCCCCAAGGACUCCUGUUCAAGAGACGCCUGUGAGAGUCUAAGGACCUAGCACUGUGGUCUUGAGCCAGCUGCCAUGUUCCACACUGGGAUUGAGGUGGACGGUUAUAUGCCUCCCAGAGACCCGUUGAUCCAUCCAUUUGACAGUCAGAACAGGUAUAGGCGUGAGACAGCAUGGGCGUUUGCUCUGCCCAUGCUCCACACUACUCCUGGAGGUUGAAAUCCUGUGUGUGCAGUGCUGAGCACAUGAAUGCCCCAGUGCACCCCGUGGAGAGGGUUCCCCCAGUUUCUGUGUCUCUCGGUGCAAAUAUAGACUCCCAAGACUAUGAAAGGCAUGCUUUCUUUUCAAAUCUUCUCUACUCUUAGGUAGAGAAUGUUCCCCUGGACAGAUGUCCUUACUCUCCAGUUCAGAAGAAACCGAAACCAGAAGAGGGAAGUCCACAGCUCCCCUUGUCCCAUACCGGUCUGUCCCACUUCUCUGCCACUGGAGGAGUGUCCCCUGUUCCCAGAAUCCUGUGAUUCAUGUCUUCUAAUUAGCUUGAAGCAG